AUGGCCAGUACAGAUAACGAUAAUGUUACAGCUCCCUCAUCGGUAGAUGCAACUCAAAAACAAAAUAAAAGAAAAGGAUUAUUAGAAGAUGACUUUUUUUCAUUAAGUGGUGGAUUAUUAGGUUCAAGAAAGAAAAAGAAAACAAAGAGUAAGCCAUUACCGGGUUCAAGCUCACCAAUAUCAUCAGAAUUUAGUAACCCCAUACCUAUCAGAUCAGAAGAUCCAACUUUGGUAAAAAAUGAAGAUAAAUCUGAAGAUUUUAUAACUCCAAAAUCAAGUUUUACCGAAUCCAAAGAAUCACCAACCAAACUUGAAGGAUCAAGUACACCACCAGUACUAGAUAAAGAAAAAAUGAGAAGAGAAAUUGAACUACAAAUUAAUCUCAAGAAAAACACAAAACAAUCAUCAACCCCACUACUAGAUGAAUCAGACGAUUCAGAUGAUGAACUGGUUCUACUACCAAAAAGAUCACCUUCAGUUACACUAACAACUACAUCAUCAAAUGUUGACGAAAAUUCAACAUCAUACAAAUUUACUGAAGAAAAUGAAAAGAAAAGAAAGUACAUUAUAAGAGUUACCACAAAAUUACCAACACCACAAAAUAUAACUGCUCAAGUUGAUUUAGGAUGUAAAGGUUUAAAAUCAUUUGAUAAAAUUUUAAAAUCUUCAGUUGAUUUUUUCAAAAAGACUUAUGAAACUCAUUUACCAGAAAUUUACCUUACUCGAUAUGACCAUAGUUUAAGUAGUCUAGUUUGGGUAGAAGGUAAGAUUUUAAUUCAUUCAUUUUAUACUCCAAAAACCUUAAGAAUACCCCCACCAGGAAACCAAUUUAACUCAUUAGUAGACAAAGUUGAAUCAAUGGAUCCAACAUUGAUACUGGUUUUUCUCAUAUCGAAAAUGAAUAGUGGGAAUUUUAUGCAUGUUUUCCCUGAACUAAAAAAUAAUAAUGAAAUAGAAAAUGAUAAACAGAUAGCUGCUAUAGCUGAAACUCAUGAAAAGGAAGAGGAAGAUGAAUCAAGUAGUGAUGAAGAAGACUUGGUUGUUGAAGAUAAGACCGCUGAUCCAACAAAUAGUGAAACAAUUGAAGUUGGCGAUGGAGUUUUUUCAAUUGGAUUAAAAGGUAAAGAUAAUAAGAAGAUUCUAUGCAAAGUUACACCAGAUACCAAGUUAAGAAACUUAUUAAAAUUCUAUUUAGAUAAAAAGGGUUUGAAAGAAUCUGAAGUAAAUUUAUCAAAUGCUAAGUUAAUUUUUGAUGAUGAAGAAAUGAAUUUAGAUGAAGUUGUUGGUGAUACAGAGUUAGAAGAUGAUUUUGAAAUUCAAGUGAUUUUAUAA